GUCUCUGUUCUGUCUAACACAGGUUAUCCUGCGACAAAAAGCUCAUCUGGCAGAUGCAUGAGCGCACGCUGGGCAACGGGGCCAGCCGGCUGCGCAGAUAUCUGCUUGAGGAGCACACCAGGUCCUGGUUGACGCGGUCCAAAAAGUUUAUGUUCGCGGUCACCAAGUUCAUCACAUCGGGUGCCGAGCCAUCCACGACUCCUCGUCUACCACCACGGAUGACCCCGGUGCCCAGUGCAAAGUGGUUGCUGUCCAUCUAUGCCAGGAAGGUGGCUUCAAGGCUAGAAGAGACCAAGGCCCGGAUCACCUCCAUCUUUGGCUCAAUCUUAAAGAUGGACUCAACCAAGAAGGUGACCAAGAAACUCGCUGGUGCCGCAGCAGGAAUAGCAGCCUGGGUGACCAAUGCGGGGAACGAGCAUGGCCAGAUAUUGAUCAGCGUCCUCACUGCAGCCGAGGGCGCUGGCCUGCACCCCAUGGCCACCGGGCUGAUGCAGCGAUACCGUGAUGCCGGUGUGUCCCCGCCUCUGGUCCUCUAUGUGGACCGAGACUGCUGUUCCCAAGAGGGACCAUGCAAGGUGUCCCUCUUAUUCAACCAGUGGGAUCAGCUAGUGGUGCAGCUCGAUGUGUGGCACCUGAUGCGACGCUUCGCAGUGGUGUCACCACGGAGAGCCACCCACUAUACAGCCUCUUCAUGGCGCCUCUCUCGUUCUGCAUUUUUGAGUGGGACCAGGGAGACAUCACCCGGCUGCGACAGGCCAAGGCUGGCGAGGCAGGGAAGGAUCCCCGAGGCUUCGGCUACGGAAAGAUCCCGUUAAAGGAGCUGGCCCGCCACUGCCGCACGCGUGGGGCGGAGGAGACUGGCCGGCUCAUUGACGAGAUGCUGGAGGCCUUCGGGGAUGCCACAGACACCAUGGGUAUCCCUCUUUUGGACCGCGACAAGAUCCUGGAAAUCUGGAAAACACAGAGGCACCACACUCCACUGCAUCCAGCACCCAACCAGCGUGAAUCCUGUACAUGCAG